AUGGACGUCCUCAACUCAAACUUGUCGGCGCAAAAGUAUGGCUAUGACUUGGUUGCAUCCACCAGCCAGGAGAGUAUCUCUGGCAUUAUGAUGCAGUCUAUUACCCAGGCUGCUGUGGAGGGAACAUGGUACUUUUUCCGCAGCAGCAACCCUGGCAGCACCUACGACAUCUGUGGCAAGGAGGAGGCUCUGAAGAAAACGAAUGGUAUUGACCCAUUUGACACCAAAAGAUUUCCCGAUAUUAUGUCCACAAAUGACGCAAAUUACACGGCCCUCUACGAUGCGGGACUCAGCUUUGCUUGCGAUUUCGUCCUGGGCCUUCCACUGGACAUGACGGGAGAUCAGCUCCCGCAGCCGUGUGUUGUUCUCGGCGAAGAGCAGGACAAGGUCCUUUUGAACGUCUAUUUUCAGACAAUCACUUUUGUUCAGACACGCACGGAGAGCGGAAGCCGGGUGUGGAGGCGGACAUGCCAGCAGCGCGGCGCUCCAUGGUAUGCCACCAUCAAGCUGAACAUUGUCCAGGAGGACAUGCCGUCCAUUGAAAAUGACUCUUAUUUCAGCCGAAACAAAGAGGCUGCCUCUGAGAUCAAGACAAAGGUGCAGGGCGGCGGCGGCUCUGAGCCCUCCUUUCGCCAAGUCGUUCUAGGCUGGAACAACUACGAUGUCAUCAAUGUCGAGUCCCAGGGCACUCCGGCAGACACCACCGGGAACCUCAUGUCUGCAUUACACCAUUCGGUGGCCAAGCUUCAGGGCGUCGGCCUGGCACCACUUUGCGUUCUCGCCAAGUCUGGUGCGUCGGAAGCUGCGUCGCUCGUCUCCGCGUGUGACUGGCAGGUGACUCGGUACGCAGGACAUGCCAACGUCUCAACGCUUGAUGUGCUCUGCAUGAUUGAUGGGCAUCAAUUGCCAGCUCGGCCUCAUCCCGACUUUGACUGGCACUGGAUGGAGCCAGGCGAAGAUGAGGGGCAAGUGCAUGGAUUCAUGUCAGUCAAUGCUCAAGUCAUCGCUGCCCUCAUGAAGGCGCAGUGUUGGGACAAGAUUGCAAAUACAUUUUGUGUAACAUUUCAGUGCCUAGCGAAUGAUGCUGGCUUGCUCAUGAUCACGUCUGGUCACGCGGAUCUGCCCAAAGCUUAUGUCCAACUAUGUCCCUCGCCGGGAGUCCUCCUGCAGGUUGACUACGUGACGCUGCACGAUGCCACCAACAAAGACACAAAGCUGUGGAUCGACUAUUCGUACAAACUCGAAAUCAAAAGUGCAGAAAAAUCCUUUACUGCCUCGCAGGACGUCACCGCACAUAUUACCAUCACCUACGAAUCCUCCCCCAGCACUUGCACAAUCACCGCUCAUAAUGAAGAUACAUACGACAUCUCUGUCAACAGUGAGGGUGAUUUAGCUACAAAAUGGAGGGAUGGCUCGGUUGUGAGCCCAAAGAACUCGUUUGUUUCCAACAGCGCAUGGCCAUCCUACUUUAAAUAUAGCGCGGAAGCGUGCGUUACUGUCUUCUACAGGGAUGAGUUCACCCCAAAGAUUGGAACCAAGGUCCUGGAUACCAUGCCGCUGAGCAAUCUGGGCAGUUUUGUCUUUCCAGGGGGCCAAGUUUAUUCAUACAACGACCCAAAAGUAUCCAAGUUCAACGAUUUACUCUGUGGAAUCACCUACCGUCCGCCAAGGGCCAUCAAUUAUGUUGGCGGGGACAAACUUGACAUACCCGAGGCGCCCGAGGCAGGCCGCCGCCCACCGGCAUCCCCUUCGUCGGGAAUGACUCUGACAUAUUCGUCGGAUCUUAUCCAAAACUACAUUCCAGGCAAAGCAGUCGACAUUGUUGGAAGCUCGAGCAAAUUCUUAGCUUUGCAGGCCAAGAAUGGCAAUUCCAUGAUCCUCACCGUCAACAGCUCUGGCGCGCUUACUAUCAUUCGAGAGCAGAGCAGUUUGUUCUCCAGUUAUAACAACCCUGACGAAAGUUCAAAAUUGGGCUGGAUUGCGUCGCCCCUGACUGAGCAGGGUAAAUCUGUCAUCAAUUUUGACGCUUCGCAGCAUGCCGUCACUGGUGCCAUCAACGUUGCCGUUGUCAUGGAAACAAGCAACCGCGAAGUUCUCUUCACCUCCAUUGGAAACUCCCACGAAGACUUUUCUUGGACGUCCAAGCCCAACUGGAAGCCGAUAGAAUACGAUGCAAAGCCGACGGCGCCGCCCAAGUUGCACAUUGCUGGCCUGCUCUUUGCCGAGGCUUCACAUGACUACCUCAUUGCGGAUAUUAACCGCCCCGAUAACGACUCGGCCUAUAUUGAGCGAUACCACAUAAAGUCGUCGCCGAAGCCGGGCGAGAAGCAUUGGAAUAUCCACGAUGUCCCGGGCGACUUCCUACGAGACAGCUUCCGGAGCUGCGUGGGCCGGUCAAAGGGGGAGCGCGUCGACGGUGUUUACACUUCGGGGCGAGAAGGGGGACGCGCAACAGCAGGCACCCAGCUUUGCUAUCAAGCCAUUGAGAAUAUUUACCAGCCCACAAUCCCAGCCCCGCCUUGCUGGCUCUUCCUGCCCAAAGGCCACGAAGCACCGCUGGCGGGUAUGCCCAUCGCGACAAUUCAUGUGGCGAGUUCGUCGUCGUCGUCGUCGAGGAAUACACCCACAGACUUGUACGCAGUCGCAAAUUCCAGUCUUUAUCGCUGGGGAGCAGAUAAUCAGAAAGAUAGAGCCCGUGGACAACUCAUCAUCUCGAAAAGCCCGCUGCUGUCUGAAACACAUACCCUGCAUGCCAUGGCUCAAGAUGGGAUUGCAACGAUCUGGGGGCUGAACAAGUCAAAGCAGCUGUUUACCGUAUCAUGCGAAGCCAAGUUGGUGUCGGAUCCAACCAAAUGGAGUGCGCCGAUUCCCGCAGCUCUCGAGAUUGAGCGGCUCUCUGCCUACGUCAAUGCCGUCGACGGGGGCAACACCAUUUUUGCGUUGUCACACCACCAGAAAAUCUUAAAGGAGGGAGACGCACGACUUUCUCAAUUCACAAAGCAGACAAAAGGCUCCAAACUAUGGAAAGCCCAAAACAUCAUGCUUCCGGUCCUCCCACACGAAAAGUCCAAGCCCAUCAUGUCCUACACAACGUCGAUUGCGGUCAAGGAUGAACACGGCCAUGGAGUCUCUGGGGCAAAACUGUCCAUCACCACUGCAUCGCGCACAUCAGUUUAUAUCAAUGGCCAUUAUCACAUUUUGAGUCGCGAGCCAACCACGGUGACGGUAGACACGGUCGGAACGGUGACCGUGGUCGAGGCGACAGAGACCUUGUCUGCGGCGGCUUUGACCGUGAAGCUGCAAGGCACUGGCAUGGACGGAGUGGAGGGCAACGACGCAGCAAGCGUGGAAAUAAAGCCACACGAUAACGCCUACACCAAGAUUCGAAAGCUGGAGACCAAAGAAGCAAUCCAGGGUGCCACAAUUCCCAAUAACAUUGUCGGUGGGGGAUAUUGGGAGACAAGCACGCAUAGGAGCCUAGUGUCCACUGGAAUGAAGGACGGUGUAGUGGACAGUGCAGCCGAAAUUAUCGGAAAACUCAACAAAUUACACACGGAACUUGAAGACUCCCCGCAGCGCGGAGCAGGGUCUGAGGAGGAGUAUCGAGUCCUACCAGCUGCACACUCGUCAGAAGCCAUGUCACUAAUGUCCGGUAGCCGCGGCUUCUUGACCGAAGUUGGAGACUUUCUUCAUGUCCUCUGGGAAUCGGUAAAGAACGGCGUCAAAGUGGCUAUAGAUUGGGUUUGGGAUAAAGUCAACAAGACCUACCGUGUGGUCAUGAAGUUUUUGAAUCAAGUCUACGAAGCCAUUGUGAGAACUGUAGACGACAUUGUUGCCGGAAUCGUUUGGGUUUUCAACAAGAUUGUCCACUCUAUACAGGAUGUUAUCGAAUACGUCAAAGUUCUGUUUGAGUGGUCGGAUAUCCGCAGGACCAAGGACGUCUUCCACAAGGUCGUCACGCUAUGGCUGGAUCACGAAGUUGGACAAAUAGACGAGGGAAAGGCUCUGUUUGACAAAGCCAUGGACGGCGCCAUCAAGGCAGUUGACAAGUGGGCUGGCUUCAACCAUGACUGGAAGCGCCUUGACGGAGCGGAGAAGAACACAUCAAAGCAAAACUCCAAGGACCCCGGAAGCGGCCAGACAGCAGCAUCGAGUCUGUUUCUCAACCAUAUGAAGAACAACAUUGGGGGAAUGGCGCUAACACAAAGCGUUGACGCAUUGCCAGAAAUCACGGCGUCCAUGAUGCGUGAUGUGACUUCGGAUCUGCCUGCACCUACAGCCGAUAAUGGGCUGCAGUCACUGUACGAUAAGCUGUGCGCACUGGCUCACGAGUUUCAGCAUUUGAGUGUUGAGGAAGUGUUGAAGAAGCUAUUUGCCAUCUUGGCCGAGGGUGCUCUCGUAGCAGUGAAGGCCGUUGCCGAUGCGGUUUUGACAGCCUUGUCAAAGCUUGCCAAGACGGCACUCAAGAUUCUCGAUAUGAAGAUUCACAUACCCAUCAUAUCGGAUAUCCUAAACGCCAUUGGAAUCCCAGACAUAUCAUUUAUCGACCUCUUCAUGUGGAUUGGUGCCGUGGCCUACACCGUGGUGUACAAGCUUGCAAACCAUAACAAGCCGCCAUUCUCCGAAGCGGUUGCCGAUUCCAUCACGUCCGUGUCUACUUGGGAUGCCCUGGUGAAGCUAUUCCAUCCAGCUGUGGCACAGGACCGUGCCAGUAUAGCAACAACGUUACCCAUUGACCGGAGCGCCAUGUUUCACGGCGGCCACGGCGCGGCGGGCAUCACAGGCAUAUCGAGGGCCAUCCUGCACACACUGGAGAUAGCGCAACCCUCAAACUCCAGCAGCUUGAUUUCGUGGUCGUCGGUUGCAGCCACAGUCAUCUCCGCCGUGCUUGCGGGCGCCGCCGAGUCCCUCGCCCCACGAUGCACCAUCGAGAACAAGGAUUUUGUUACGCUGAACAGGCUCGUCAUCGCCCACACGAUCCUGUGGAGUGUGACGUGUGCCGUGGCCGGGGACGACAUGUUGAAACCCAUUGCCAAGAGAACAGGCCUCAAGUUCAUCGAUGGUCGUGGCGCGGGGGCGGUUGUGGCCGCCAUUAUCCGCAUUCCCGCGCUUGUCGUCUCCGCGCACCACUUUUCCGAGCUCGCUCAGAAGCCCGCAUCGGCGGAGAAGACGGCGUCCAUUCUUGGAGAGGUUUCCGCCGUGACGUCGAGCAUCUCUACCCUGGCGUAUGCGGUUGCGGCGAAUACCAGCGGGCAGGUCAAGGCCGUGGCAGUUGUCGUCGUGGGUGUGAGUGAUGUGGCAACAGCAGGGCUGCAAAUCGCGGAAGCAGCGAUUCCUUAUUGA